UCAGGAGCAAAUUUUCCCCAACUGAUAAUCAUUUAGCACUCUCUUUCUCUCCCUCCCUUUUCCUCUCCUUCUCUCGCUCUAUGUAUAUAUGCUUUAUUUGUUGGAGGUGGGUUUACUUUCAAAUACCUAUACUGGAAAGCUUGGAUUAACCUUAUUCUUUUAGUAUAUUGACUUUGUAUACUAAAAAUCUAACAGAUGAUACUGCAUAAAAGUUAUUGACAAUGCUGAUGUCUCUAUCCAGAACAGGUUUCCUGAUAGACCAAGAUGGACAAACACAAUCUAACAGUCAUGAAGGAAUUCAUUCUGACGGGAAUCACAGACCGCCCAGAGCUGCAGGCUCCAUUGUUCUGGCUGCUCCUCACCGUCUACAUGAUCUCAGUGGUAGGCAACCUGGGCAUCAUCAUCCUCACCAAGAUAGAUCCCAAGCUACAAACACCUAUGUACUUUUUUCUAAGACACCUGGCUAUCACUGAUCUUGGUUACUCAACAGCUGUGGGACCCAAAAUGCUAGCCAAUUUUGUUGUGGAUAAAAAUACAAUCUCCUAUUAUUUUUGUGCUAUACAGCUAUCUUUCUUUCUUGUGUUCAUUGUUAGUGAAAUUUUCAUUCUGUCAGCAAUGUCUUAUGACCGCUGUGUGGCCAUCUGUAACCCUCUUCUCUACACAGUCAUCAUGUCACAAAGGGUGUGUCAGGUGCUGGUGUCAAUCCCCUACCUCUACAGCACUAUUGUUUCUCUUCUGGUCACCAUAAAAAUUUUUAAAUUAUCCUUCUGUCAUGACAAUGUCAUCAGGCAUUUCUACUGUGACAGCCUCCCCUUAUUAUCUUUGCUCUGCUCAAAGACACAUGAAAUUGAAUUGAUCAUUCUCAACUUACCAGCUUUUGAUUUGAUUUCAUCCUUCCUAAUAGUUCUUAUUUCUUACCUACUCAUUCUUGUAGCCAUUCUCAGGAUGAAGUCAGCUGAAGGCAGGCACAAGGCCUUCUCCACCUGUGGAUCCCACCUGACAGUGGUGGUAGUGUUCUAUGGGACUUUAAUCUUUAUGUACGUGCAGCCCAAGUCCAGUCAUUCCUUUGACACUGAUAAAGUGGCUUCCAUAAUUUACACCUUGCUAGUCCCCUUAUUGAAUCCCUUGAUCUAUAGCUUGAGGAACAAAGUUGUAAUAAAUGCCCUAUAUAGGACAUGGAAAAAAAUUCGCAAUACAUUUUCUACAGUUUGA